AUGACUGAAGGGACUGAUCGGACGAGCAAGCAAUGGAGUGAGCUGCUAGGCUGGCUGGAGAGCGAAGAUGCCUCUACGGGAGAAUUCAAGAUAGCGAUGCACUCAUCAACCGACGGGGGUCGUAGCUUGGUGGCCAUCGAGGAUAUAGAAGAAGCAACGAAGAUUUUAUCGUUGCCAAGAUCCGCGCUUCUGGAUACGAAGACGAUACCUAAGCAGUUUAUCAAAAAUCAUUGUUCGGAGCUCACGUCGACCCAAGCCUUAACGUUAUUCCUGACGGUCUAUCGGUUGAAUCGACGGACGAGUAAAGACUUGGAGAAAUUCGAAUACCCAUUCAGCUGCUAUUUAUCCACUCUACCGGCCGAUAUUUCGCAGAUACCCUUAGUGUGGCAACUCCGAGCGGUCUUUGGAAGUUUGGAGGAGAUCGAUCCAGGCGAUCUCGCCCAGCUCGAUCGGCUCCGAACAGCUCUAACCACCACCAAUUCCUUCACGUUUUACCAGCUCAUGACCACGACUACUAUCAAACAAUCUAAUGAUGUUCUUUCCCGCUUCAUCAAUGAUUGGGCCAACUUGCUCCCUACCUUGCGAGACUGUUAUCCAGAUGCUCGUCUUGGGGAACUGCUUUGGUCUUGGUUGAUUGUUAACACUAGAUGUGUAUCUUUCCCCAUUGGAGCCAAGAAUUCUGCAGAUAAUAUCGCACUAGCCCCUGCGUUUGACAUGGCCAAUCAUUCACCGGUCAGCAAGGUCACGGCGGUAGCCACUCCACAAACACUCACGAUGUACUCAUCGACGCCGCAGGUGAAUUUGAACGCGAGGGCAGGGCCGCCUCCGAGCUACCAGUCCCUGGCCGCGCCAUGUCAGCCCCGUUUCAUGAAAGGCCAAGAAAUUACUUUCUCUUAUGGCCCCCAUUCCAAUUCCACCCUCCUCACCGAAUACGGCUUCGUUGCCUCCGAGCCUAAUCCAUGGGACUCUAUUGACGUCACCGACGAAAUAGUCGCUCUUUUUGAUCACUCUAACCCCACUCAUAUCACAAAGAUUGAGUUACUCAAAAAUACUGGUUACUGGGAAGACUAUACGAUCCAAUGUAACCCGCUCGAAAGCUCCCAUCGGAUCCUAGUAGCUUUGAGGUUAUUGCACAGUUCAGAGGAGAAGAUUUCAGAAUGGCAAGAUCAUAUAGACGGGCUAGUGGACGAACUGGAGGGGGAGAUCGAGCAAGCAGUCCAAUGUUCUCUCGCCGAGCUCUUUGCCUUACUCAAGGCCAGAUCUCGGGCGCUCGUCGAGAGCAUCGCACGGCCUGACAUCGACCCGUCUUCUUUGGGGUUGUCUGCUUACGCGAUCAUGUGCCUCAAAACGCUUGCGUCUAACGAGAUGACCGCUGUCUCCUCCUAUCCUUCGGAGACCACCUAA